CAAGAACUGCGGUAUGAGAAAAUUCGGACAGCACUAUGACAGAACUAGAUGUUGCUACUCGACAACGCCAGAUCGAAAUUCUCCAGUGCAUGGUUUCCAAAGACGAAGACGAAAUAAUAUGGAAGUUGUCGGCUAACAAGGACAUCAUGAAACAGAAUAUUGGAUUCGAUUACGAGAGUCGUAACAGAAUGUGCAUCUGCGGACAAAUGUUCGAGAAAUUACGUCAUAAUAAUCACGUGUUUCACGUGGAGAAGAUGUCGGUGUGGGUGUUGGAGGGACGCUGUCCACACGUAGAACAGACUGCCGAGUCCUCUCCACAGCACGCUUCUACCACUUUCCUCCUCUCUGCUUGUGCACUUGGAAAGUUAAGAGUGAUUAAAUUUUUAGUUCAUGAACACGACUGUAAGUUAAACGAACCUACACGAGCAACUCUGUUUGCUCCAAUACACUUUGCAAUAUACAACAAAGACGUUGAACUGUUUAAAUUUCUUACAUCCAAGAAAGUUAAUAUAAAUGUUUGCUGCCGAGGAGAAGAGAGAUACUCGGCCUUAAUGUUGGCUGUACUAGAGAACGCAGAAGAAAUAGUGCAGAUGCUAUUGAAAAUGGAAUCACUGCAAAAGAACUUUGUUAACUCGUACCAGAAAGGAGCUCUGUGUUGUGCAGUAGAAAUGAACAAUAAGAGAAUGGUACAAUUGCUGACCGAUAAUGGUGUCAUGGCUACCCCAGGAACUCUUUAUAGGGCAGAUAUUUAUGGCGAUGACGACAUCACAGAGCGUAUACUGCAGACACGAGAAGCAGACUUCUAUACUCCACAACAGCAGCAUACGCUUAUCUACUCUGCUGUUGUUAAAGGUAAAGCGACAUCUCUGAACUUGCUUUUACAACAUGGCUUCCAGCUGAACCAUCGCCCGGAUUAUCUCUGUCCAGUGGAAGAAGAUCCAUUAUUCCACGCCACCUUACAAAAUAAUCCUGAAAUGAUUAAUAUUCUGUUAGCACAUAAAGCAGAUAUCAGUAGAAAAAUAUAUGGCACCACCUCUUACGAUUUGGCUAGAAUAUUAGAUUUAAAGGAGGUAUGUGUGAUCUUGGAAAAUGAAUUGCACAGAAGAUGUCUUCCUGUUAAGUCCGAACUACAGAAGAAUGCUAGUCCAUAUAUGACGAUAUUAACUCUAGCAGGAGUAAACAAGAAAGAAUUCGUCUCUAAGCUUGCUUCUAAAGGUCUUGAUAUCAAUGCUAAUGAUGAUGGUGGGUUUACCCCUUUGCACGAAUCUAUAAAUCGUGAAGACGAAGCAAUGGUGAAGCACUUGCUGCAGUGUGGCGCGGAUCCUAAUCGACAAAGCGCUGAACCCGGCUAUAUGACACCUCUUCACAUCGCCAUCAUAAAAGGAAAUCUCAAUUUAGUUAAAAUGCUCCUGAGCAUGAAUGUGAAGAUGGAGGUGGUUCGUCCAGUCCUCGUAUUGUGGGGAACAGAUACAUAUUACACGGACUGGAUCGUUGACCCCAAACUAAUGCCGCGUCAUCGCUCUUCUCUCUGUGAUGCUAUCUGUAGGAAUUUCGUCACCAUCGCUCUUUUUCUAUUGGAUGCUGGCAAUAAUAUAGCCGAAGAAGACCCAGAGAGUGUUAAAUUUAUGAUCAAAUACACCCGAAGUGACGUCAUUCGCAGACGACUAUUGGAUCAUAUGCAGACUCCACGAAACUUGGGUGUGCUUUGUAGGAAUUACCUCAGACGAAUGCAUAGAAAUGAUAUUCAAGAAUUUGUGGCGUCUCAAGAACUACCACAUUCUCUGAAACAGUCUUUACUGCUGCAAGAUGUCAUCGAGCCUUCGUUGUUUGUCCGAAGGGAAAAUAAACAAUAUAGAGCCAUGGAAGUAUACAGAUGGACGUGGUUCACCCUGGUGCUACUGGGGGUCAGUCAUGCACUCCAAACUAGCGAGGUCCCAAAGGAUCCACUACAAACAUCAACAGACCAGUGUGUCAUCAGUCUUAAAGACCCAUCAUUCGCCAAGUUCCUAGACGACCCCAAGAUUGUUUUAUCAGAGUUUACCUUUGAAUUGUUCAAUUAUUCUCUAAAUCCACUGAGGACGGAUAUGACGUCAAACUAUAAGCCAUGGCGCUGGCAUCGAACACGCACGCAGCAUGGACGCACGCUGCUAAUGUUGUCCUUUCACUACGACGUCUUGUCCAUGUCCAUUUUGACUAUUGGUGUUGAGCAUCACAACGUUGUGUUGAUGGAUCGCCCGUUCGGUUGUUUCAGAAACAUAACGGCCCUCGAAAGGGUUGCUUUGAUACGAGAUCUAAUUUUGGACAACUUUCGAUUAAAUGAAAAAUCUAGUUCACAGAUCCAAUUCGAAACACGUAUAGAAAGAACAGUAUACGUUUGUAACGAGAUUGUGCUUGACAACAAUGGUUACGCAGACUUCAUCAAUCGUUGUUGUGGUCAGAAUCCUGACAACAGUAUAACCUGCACUGACCAGGUUCAGGAGGGGUGGAUUCUGCUUCUGUAUAUAUGUAUUACGUUUGUGAAGCUGAUUGUAUUUUGCUUUGCUCCUUUAAUAAUGCCCACACAGAUGUACAAUGCUUCUUAUGUGGCAUCCGAGUACGCCGUAAAACUUUCGAAAGAACUCAAGCUCAAACUCUUUGUGACUGAGAGUACUCAGACCUCAGUGAGAUACAAGAAGAGACUGACUCUGGAGGAUAUAGCUGACUGGAGGCGUUUUCGGGAGAAGCUUGAAACGUGUCCUAUGGAUGAAAUUGUUCCGAUUACAGUUCCCGAACUAAGGAUCAAAGUGAAGGGAAAGCGGAUCAUUCCGGACAAUGAUCCGCCGACCGGAGUGUUCAGGACGCUGUAUGACAACUUGAUCCGCUGUAAAAUCAAAAGGCUGGAUCCGUUCGCUGAAUGCUGUGACAUGAGCGUGUACGCGUCAUUGGAGCCAAUGAUAAAGACCAAAUGCACGUGGCACAUGUGCGUGCAAUCGUUAGUCAAAGUGCUGCUUCUGUUACUAGUUCCGCUUCCGUUUUAUGUACGUGUGUUGAUUUAUUAUUUCUUUGAGGAGGACGAAGUCUUGUAUCGGAAGAGAGUAAUCAAUCACUUAGAUCUGAAACAAGAGUUUGAUUUCUAUAGAGGAAAUAUCAUUCAGUAUUUUUCUCCGACCCAUGGAGUUUUCAUCGCCACUUACGUGUUCUAUUUUCUCUCGGGGGUAAUUUUGGGCUUCGCCGACGAAUCAGUCAGGGACAAACUGAAAUCAAUUUCCAGAGACUCCUUGCAGGACAUGGCAAACGUGUCAAGAACAAGUGUGCUACAGGUGAUGUUACGUGUUGGUUUGUGGCCUUUCAAAAAAUGUGGCCUAAUAGCAAUAAUACUUGCUCCUUUGUAUUCGUUUGUCGCUGCACCUAUAUGUGGAAUUAUUUUUGCUCUAUACUGUAUACCUACCAUAUAUUUGUCAUACAGAUUAUUAUUUCAUGCUAGAAAGAAGUUUAAUGGUGAGGAUUACGAAUCGGAUCCGGACAAACCUAUCAGCAAGAAGAAAGAAAAGCUAUUAAAGGUCCGGAAAAAAUUAUCACAAAUUGACAAAAGUGUUCAUAGCCGCCAAAUAACUUUGGAAGAAACGAAAACUCAUGCCAUGACGUGGGGGUACGGGAAGUUAAAUGCUGUCCGGCGUUUUCUUGUUCAGUGGAUGGUCGGAUUGUUCUGUCUAGCAGUCCUUUACGCCAUCAUCCUGAUCAUCGUGGAGGCGGUGGGCUUGAUUGUAGAAGUCAUGGCCUUCACGAUGAUGGGAAUCAUCAUCAACGCUGGAAGCACACUCCGAUAUGUCUCCAUGGCGCUUCUUGUGAUUGUGUACAUGCACGACUGCUACAGCAACGUGUACGAAAGUUACCUUACGUUUGAUAAGAGUGUUGUGGAAGAUAUCAUGGAUCGCGUUGAAGAUCUCAAAACCGUAGCCAGUCUUCCAUCUAAUAUGCAAGAAAAUGUUGCGUUUCAGGUUAAACCCGUUGAAGCAGUGGAUGAAAUCCCGACUGCUUUGACAUUUGAGAAAAAAGACCCUUCAUGGAAGAUUGGUCAUCUCUUAUUAUUCUUGGAUUCUUUUGAUACUCCCAGAAUUCCCUUAAGAUUAUUCCAAAGGGUUUGUGAAAUCCGAGUGCAUGGUGCUCCGGGUCCGGUGUAUAUAAAUCUUCUACGCGCCACCGGCAAGUUUCUCAUAAUCGUCAUCUUCCUUUUCUUUGUGAUGAUUGUCGUGAUGGCUUUCGGAAAUGUUCAUCAAGUUUCGUCCACAAAUCAGACACUAGCAACUCUGGCGGGAGGAUUUGUGCCAAUGCUUCUGAAAAAUGUGCUUCCAAGGAAAUCAGUAAAACUGAAUCUGAAGACGUUGAGUUUCAAGGGACAAAUUGAUGAAAUAAUAUGUGACUUUAAACAAAACUGGCCAAUUUAUGACUUUGUUUUCAAACGGGAGGACGAGGUUGAACCUGAACCUCCCGAAGAUGUAGAUGAAGCAAGCAAGGAAAGAAAACAGAGUGUCGGUAAUGUACUAGAAGAAGUUGAGGGAAACGCAGACGACAAGGGCAGAGAAAAGACUGUCAACGAUAAAUUAGAAAAGUACAUGAAAGAAGGUAUAGAGAAAAAGUUAUAUACCGAAAAACGUCAAAAAGAGCAAAAUGGUGUUGUAAAGGACGCUAGUGAAAGUGCAGGAGGAAAGAACACUCUUGGUGUGGAUGACUUUUCGAGCCGACUGUCUUUAGUGGAUGAAAACUUUGUAGACAUUUUUAUAGAUCUGAGCGUGGCUGAUACGUCCAUUCCGUGGCAGAUCUACGGCUCGGCGGAAAGUCUGCAGUCGGCUUCCAUGUUAUCCCCGGGAUACGAGAUGGAACUCCAGGCUCCGCCGUCUUAUCCCGAUAUCAAAGUCCCGAUUCCUGAGAUUAAAGUGGAUGCGUACUCCUAGAACCAAAUCAUUCACAAAAACGAAAUUUCCUAUAGACAUUAAAUUAUUUUAAUUUUCUGAAA